AUGUCUUCCAAGCCGAUCUUCCUGGCGACGCACCCGCGCGCGUGCUCUACGGCUUUUGAACGGGUUUUCAUGACCCGCCGGGACACUCUAAACUGUGCCCAUGAGCCAUUUGGUGAUGCUUUCUACUACGGCCCAGAGAGGCUCAGUGAGAGAUAUGAAAACGACGAGACCACCAGAAUCAAGAGUGGCUUCUCCAAAACCACAUACCGCGAUGUCUUAAAUCGACUUGAGAAGGACGGCAGCGAGGGUAAACGAGUUUUCAUCAAGGAUAUGGCCUAUUACCUAAUGGCCCCGGAAGGAAAAUCCACUACCAUUGCACCCUCGUUCUGCAGCGAGAAGCCCAACGGCCAUGCCAACGGCACCACCAAUGGCGUCAACGGCGUCAACGGUAACCACACAAAUGGCCAUGGAACGAAUGGUUACACCAAUGGCGCCGUCAACGGCCAUGCCAACAGUGUCAAGAAGGGCGUGGGCACCGCCAGCACUGAGCCUGGCAACCCUACGGUCCUGCCUCUGGACGAGUUGAAGAAGUAUCACUUCACCUUCCUCAUCCGUCACCCCCGGCGCGGGAUCCCGUCCUUCUACCGGUGCACCGUCCCGCCGCUGGACGACGUCACGGGGUUCAAGGACUUCAUGUCCAACGAGGCCGGCUACGUCGAGCUGCGCGUGCUGUUCGACUACCUGCGGGAGCAGAAGCUCGUCGGGCCGCGCCUGGCCGAGGCGGCCCAGGACGGCCAGUCCAACGGGCUCAGCAACGGCAACGGCCACACCAACGGCCAAAAGGAGGGCGAGGUCACCAUCACCGUGAUCGACGCCGACGACCUGCUGGACCACCCGCACGAGGUCGUCGAGGCCUUCUGCAAGGAGACCGGCAUCCCCUUCACCCCGGAGAUGCUGAACUGGGACAACCCCGAGGACCAGAAGCACGUCGAGGACGCGUUUGCCAAGUGGAUUGGAUUCCACAACGAUGCCAUCAAGAGCACGUGCCUCUCCGCCAGGACACACCAUAAAACUAUUACGGAGGAGUCUGAGAACGCGGAAUGGCUCGAGAAGUACGGUGAGGAGGGCCAGAAGGCCAUCCGGGACUGCGUGAACGAGAACAUCCCGCAUUAUGAGUAUUUGAAACAAUUCUGCAUCAAGGUCUAG